AUGGCUACUAGAGAUUUACCUCAUUCAGUUGGAGAUUUUUGUUUUGGUUGGGUUGAUCAAAUUCGUAAUGAAAUCACUUUAGGUAAAAGUCAAGAUCAAUUAAUAAAGGAAGAUUUAAUUGAAGAUGAUGAAACAGUUGAAACUAAAGUUGAAGUUAAAAAUUUAUGGCCAGCAUUUGCUUCAGGAGCAGGAUUAUUUUCUGAUGGUUAUGUUAAUGCUGGUAUUAGUACGGUAUUAUCAUGUUUGAAAAAAAUAUAUGGUGAUGAAUUCACUAAAUCUAAUGCCAUGAAUAAUAUUGGAUCAAUUGGAUUUGUUGGUACUGUUGUUGGUCAAUUAAGUUUUGGUUAUAUUUCGGAUAAUUUCGAUAGGAAAACUGGUAUGUUAACUGCUAAUGUAAUGUUAAUAUUUUUUACAUUAAUGUGUGCUGUAGCAUCUUGGGGGACUACAGUUCAAGGGUUUUUCGCUUGUCUUACAGUUUGGAGAUUCUUUUUAGGUAUUGCUAUAGGGGCAGAAUAUCCAACUUCUUCAGUUAUUGCUUCAGAAUUUGCUAAUCAAUUACCUUCAGGGCAUAGAAAUAGAUAUUUCAGUUGGUUCACCAAUGCUAUGAUUGAUUUUGGAUUUGUAGUUGCCGCAUUUGUUCCAUUGGUUUUAUUAUGGAUUUUCACUCCUCAUCAUUUAAGAGCCGUAUGGAGAUUAAGUAUUGUAUUAGGGGUGAUCCCACCAUUAAUUUUAUUUUUCAUUCGUUUAAAAAUGGAUAAUUCUAAAUCAUUCAAGAAAAUGAAUAUGAAAAGAGUCAAUUAUAGUAAUUAUCCUUGGUGGUUGAUAAUUAAAUUCUAUUGGUUCCGUUUGACAGUUGUUUCUUUGAUUUGGUUUAUUUAUGAUUUUUCCGUGUAUUCAUUCGGAACUUUCAACACUAUCAUUAUUGGCGAAGUUAUACCAAAUGGAACUCUUUAUGAAAAUUGGGGGUGGUCAGUUGUUUUCAAUUUGUUUUAUAUGCCAGGAGCAUUUCUUGGUGCCUUUGUAGGUGAUUAUCUUGGACCAAGAUUAACUUUGGCAAUUGGAGUUGGUGCUCAAGGAAUUAUUGGUAUUGCCAUGUCGGCAUGUUUGAAAAGCUUGAAAAAACAUAUAGCUGGAUUCGUGGUUGUUUUCGGUAUUUUUUCAACGUUUGGUGAAUUUGGACCAGGUAAUAAUACAGGAUUACUAGCAUCAAAAACUUGUGCUUCAUCAAUUAGAGGUCAAUAUUACGGUAUUGCUGCGGCAAUUGGUAAAAUUGGUGCCUUUGUUGGGACUUGGGUAUUCCCAGCAAUUCAAAAACAUUAUGCAUAUAAUGAUGAUUUAUCUUUACAAGUACCAUUUUAUGUCAGUUCUGCCUUGUGUCUUUUCAGUGCAUUUUUAACUAUUUUCUUUGUUCCACCAGUUGGUCAAGAUGCUAUUAAUAAGGAAGAUAGAUUGUUCAAAGAAUAUUUAGAAGAAAACGGGUUUGAUAUAAGAUUAUUAGGUGAUAGUGGUGUUGUUACUCAAUAUCAAGAAGAUGAAGAUAUUGGUGUAAUUUCUGAUGAGAAAGAUGAUACUGUUAAAGUACAACAGAAAAAUGUAUAA